CAAAUCUAAAAGUAACAAAUCCAAUGCUGGAUCACCCAGUUUGAAGCGACAGCCGAGCACUGGAGACCAGUAUCAAAAGAAUUCGCCCAUUGAGGGUCCGAUUGGUGGUACGAGGAGUACUACGAGCCUGAGGUUGAAGGCCGUUAAAACGAGUCCCGCCUCCCCAAAUCUGCGACCGAAAAGUGAGAAAUCGGCAGAAAAGGAGCGCGAGAGCGACAGAAAGGGCAAGAGUACAGAGCAUGAAUACAAGAACAGGGGCACGCAGAGGGUUAGCAGCCCUAGCUAUUCCUAUGAUAUGGGCAGCGGUAAGAGCGAGGACGCCAUGGAACCGUUGCAACUGUCUACCCCGGUGUCCUUGAACACAGCCACACCGCCAGCACCUGGAUUUUCGAACGGGCGCAAGGUGUCGACUGAGCCUCUGGGAAUAUUCCACAGAUCUGCGUCGUAUAACGAUCGAGACCGGGAUAGGGAUAAGAUGGGCAGCCCGAGCAGGGAUAAAGAUGGGGAUAAGAAUAGGAAUAGAGACAGAUAUAGAGAUAAAGAUAGGGAAACCCUCAGAGAACGGGGAACUGGCACAGGGGGUGGAAGUAAAGUAAGAGUACUCACAAAUAUGAGCAUCAGCUGA